AUGAAAAAAGCGCUCGCCUUAGAAUCAAAUGAAUUAGAUUCCCUAGUUAUUGUUUCUGCUACUUGUCUGUCCUUAUUUGGAUGGGAAUACGGUUUGAUCGAAGGUUCUGAAAAAUUGAAAUGUAAAACGUGUUUUCGUCAUUGUGAGUUGUCAUAUUUCCGAAACAUUGAAAAACACCGCGAGAAAACUCAGCAGCAAUCGAGCGUGGAAACAAGUGAACGGCCCACACAGAAGGAUAAGGAUGAUCAGGUCAACGAAGACAUCAGUGAUGAUCCUGGAGAAGUUCGGGAACGACAGUUAGAUGUAAACAUAACACGCGGUAAUGCAGAAAUCGGCGAGAAAACAACGCAUGAGAAUGAGACCAGUGAAAAUGCUAAUGAUAAUAAAGAUCUUCCAGAGAAAUCAAGUGUUGAUGGAGAAAAUAUCAGAUCAACCGAUAAUGAAGAGAUGGAUGAGGAGAUCACACCGGAAACCAAAGAUGAUCAGACUAAUGAGAAUAUUGAUGAGAAUUCAAAUGAUCACGAGAAAAUUUCGGAACCACGGAAUCGUAUAGAUAAUGAUGUUGAAAUGGGUGAGCAGAUGUCACAGGAAACCGAGAAUGAUCAGGCCAAGGAGAAUCUCGGCAAUGAAACAGAUCACGAGAAAAUAGAAGGUUCACAGAAGGUAGACUCAGUUGGUGAGGAUCAGAGGGUGGGCGAGCUAAAUAUAGAGCAGGAGAUGAAGGAUGAUGGACCCAAUGAAAAUUUUGAUUGCGACGAUGAUUUAUCAGAGAUAGGAGAUUUGAUAUUUGAUGUUGAGUCUCAACAUCGUUGGUAUUGCUCAUGGAUCACGGGGGACGGUAGAUCGAUUGAGAACAAAACGGCCGAAGAAUUUGCCAAGAAAAAACCGGGUUGGUAUGUUACUUUGGAAGGCAUAGUGAGGCACCAUAUUUCUACCAAUUCAAAGGAUUCAAGGCUUAUUCGAGAGGUUUGUGUCGGCGUUCCUGAUUGCUAA